AGAUCAUCUAAAUAAAACUAAAAGAGAGACGGAACAUCUUUCACUUCAGAGUCUCUCAUCUCACCAAAGAGCUGUGUUUCAACGAAACCCUGUUUCUUCGUUCUGUCUUCUGUACAAUGGCGCCGAGGAAGAGUAAGGCAGAGGGAGAGGAAAAGGCGAAACCUUUGGCGCCGACUUCGUCGAGAGUGACUCGGAGCAUGGAUCGUCGAACUCGAAGUGCGACUCAGCAAAACGGCGCUAAAGCAACCGGAUCCGUAACCAAGGAGGUGAAGGUUGCGUCUCCGAAGAGGAAGAAAGCGUCUACUGAGACUGGUAGAGGAGCUAAGAAGGCGAAGAAGGAAGAGGAAGUUGAGAAAGAGGAAGAAGCUGAAGAGGUUGAAGAAGACUCGACGAAAGUCAAGAUUGUUAUUGAACACUGUAAACAAUGCAAUGCUUUCAAGACAAGGGCUAUUCAGGUGAAGGAAGGUCUGGAAGGAGCUGUUCCUGGCGUCACUGUGACUCUUAACCCUGAAAAGCCAAGGCGUGGUUGCUUUGAGAUCCGGAAGGAAGGUGGCGAAACAUUCAUCAGUCUUUUGGAGAUGAAACGUCCAUUUGCUCCAAUGAAGGCUCUUGAUAUGGAAGAAGUCAUCGAGGACAUCAUAAAGAAGAUUAAAUGAGAGACCUGCAAGUAGGCUUUUCAUGUGCCAUAUCUGCCCUUUGUUUCAACCUUGCCCUCAGUUUAAUCAACUAGGAUUCUGUAGAAGACUUUCUAGAGCAAUUUCAGAUUUAUUAGGAUCACUUUUAUUGUUUCGGUAUGAGCAUUGUAAGUGCUGUCUCUCGUUUUUUUUUUGCAAUGCAUGAUUGGCUUAGUUGAUCUGUUUUUGUUUGUGGGAUUAACUCGUAUUUGUAUGGCUACUUUGAUUCAACUUCUUGCGUGGAGCAAACCGAUGCAGACAUGUUUUGUUUUUUCGUGUUGAGAUCAAGC